GAGCACCUGAUGAAGCUUGCAACAGGGAGGGAUUUCUAAAGGCUAGGAAGGCACAAAAAUGAAAUGGGAGUCUGCUCUCUGGAUGGUUGCCUGCUCACUGUUUUCAUCUCUACCCAGAGGUCAACCAGACAAAACAUGCAAUGCAUCUGUUGGAGACACUGUCAUCUUGCCUUGCACCACCACCUCUCCUGGGGAGCUGAACCCUUCCAACUCAAGGCUCUACUGGCAGAUAGACUCUCUCGUGGUGCACUUUUUUCACAGUGGGCAGGAUUUGCCAGCGUUCCAGAACAAACGUUACCAUGGCAGAACAAGUCUUUUUUUGGACCAGAUUAAGCAUGGCAACUUUUCCUUGAAGCUUUCCAAUGUCCAGUUACUGGACACAGCUACAUAUACCUGCAUCUACAAACAGACUGGGGAUCAUCCCAACACAACACAGAAAUCUAAAGUUAAACUAAUUGUAUCAGAGAUUCUGACCACCACUGAAAUCACCUUGGAAAAGAUAACCAAAUAUCAGUUCCUUAAUUCUUCCGAGAGCUAA